AUGAACGUCAACGGCAGUGGCGGAGGUAGCAAAAACCAUACCACCAGCAGCAUCGGUAACCAUCACACCUUCAACAAUAGUAUUCACACCAGCAACGCCAACAAUCAACAGUACGCCAACAGCAAUGGACAGCAGCCAACGCUACGUAUCAGCCGCAGCAGUACCCGCAAGAAGCCUUUCCACUUCAUUUCCAACAUGUGGAAGAUGAAGAAAAUCAUCAAGUUCGAGGAUAUUAUGUUCCAUCGCGAGAUGAACUGUCGCGCUAGAUCGGAACCAUCAGUUUCUACCUACAACUGUACCAGCAAGGGCUGUCAGCGAAAGUCAUCACCCUCGUUCUCCAUGCUGAGUCUAUCGCCGGGGAAGUUCCAAAAGUCGGAUGAGCUGGAGGUCACGCGCCUCCGAUUAUCCCGGAACGAUAACCCCUUCGUGCAGAAGGUCCUCGCCAGUCGGGACAACGUGACGGACGUAAUCGACGAUACGGAGUCAGAUGACGCUAUACUGAUAUUAAUGUCCGAUGAAUUUAACGGCGAAACGGAAACGGAUCCACUAGCGUUGCCACAGGUGCAUGAGCACAUGAUACGGUCCCCACCGCCGACAUUUUGGCCCCGUUCGCAAAAGACUGUGUUUAACUUUGGCGGUGAUGAUCAGUCGCAACUCGGAACCGAUAGCAUUCCAGGGGGUUCGAAACACCAACGUGCGAACCAGUGCAACUACUAA